AUGCAUGCUAAUGUGACAUCGGAUCGAGGAGGUGCCAGCGGCUCAUGGCGUUUACCACCUGACGAAACUCUACAGGUGGCGGGACCUAAAGAGAAGAACGACGAUUUAGAUUUGGAGGAGGGCCACAAUUGGCGUAGCAUAAUAUUCUCAUUGCUAGUUAUUAGUUUUGUAAUAGCCGGUAUUAUAACCGCAAUUUAUCUAUUAGGUUAUGUCGAUGAAUUGCUGUACUGGUCGGGCCGUCGCAUGAUACUCGACGAGUAUUUGCAGGGUGAUUUGACGCCUACGCGCUUGCAACCCGCUUGGGUUACCACACGCAAGUAUGUCUUCCAGUCAGAUGAUGGCGGACUGGCCAUAUUGGAUACGACCAGCAAUUCGGUUAGCACGCUCGUUACGAAUCAUACGCUACGGCAGCUAAAUGUGCGCGGUUAUCAGUGCUCACACGAUCUGCGAUAUGUACUAUUUAGGCAUAAUGUUAAGAAGAUUUUUCAAAAAUCAUUUACCGCAUUUUAUACAAUCUACGACGUUGAAAACGAUCACCAUAUGCCUGUGAAGCUAAAGGAUUCGCCAAAGGUGCAGCGUACUCGUCUACAAUAUGCCGCUUGGUUGGGCAACACCACCUCCCUGGUCAUCGUUGUCGACAACGAUAUCUAUCUACGACAAUCACCCACUGACGAGGAGGAUAUACGUAUCACAAAUACAGGAUAUCAAAAUGUCAUUUACAAUGGCGUACCAGAUUGGCUCUAUCAGGAGGAAAUCUUUGAGCAUCCAGAAGCGAUAUGGGCCUCAGAAGAUGGUACACAUUUCAUAUAUGCCUCCUUCAAUGACAGCAAAGUCAGUAUGAUGACAUACCCCUGGCUUGCCUCGGGUGCAAUAAUUGCUGGUAGCGGCAUGACAUCGGAAAGCUCUUUUCCCGAAACGAAACAUGUGCGCUAUCCAACACCUGGCACCAUGAAUCCCGAAGUAACGCUUUGGUUAGUGGAUGCUAGUAAUUUUACAGAUAUACAGUAUUAUAUGCUGAAGCCACCUCCUGCAUUGGACGGACAGGAUUUUUAUAUAACAUCUGCUGGCUGGAUUUCGGAAUUGAAUCACCAAAUCUCUGUUGUAUAUAUGACUCGCUCGCAAAAUUACAGCAUAAUCGCUACUUGUCUUGCCGAUAGUAAUUGGACAUGUACUGAGAUUCACUCAGAACGGGCGCCAGAAGAUGAAUGGCUCGAUAUACUUCCACAUCCUGUCUUCGCGCCCGACGGCAAUAGCUUCCUAAUACUGGCAAGCAUACAAGAGUUCGGUAAUGAACAUUUUACGCACAUCAAACACGUCACUAUUACACAACAGCGCAUAGCCGUCAUAUCACAUGGGCGUUAUGAGGUGCUAAAAAUCCUAUGCUGGGAUACAGUCAAUCACUUAGUAUACUAUCUUGGUACCCAGGAUAAAAAGCCCGGCCAAAGGCAUUUGUAUAUGGUGAAAGAUCCGGUCAAUGAUGAGAGCAGAAAAACUGAACCACAGUGCAUUACCUGCGAUUUAGGCGAGGCGCUUUGGAGCAGUCGCUACUACUAUGUGAAUUGUUCCCAUUUCGAUGCCUUCAUGACACCAGUGUCUUCCAUAGCAACUCAAUACGGUAUUGAAUUUUACAUACUAGAAUGCCAGGGGCCCGGCUUGCCAGUAUCGGGCGUGCAUAUGCAGAAAUCGCAUAGUUUGGUGAAAAUACUUUACGACACCCGUCCGUUCUUUACGGAGCGCCUACAAAAGUUGGCGCUACCCACACAACGUUCUUUCGAGAUACCAUUACCACAUGGGAGUCGGGCACAAGUGCAAUUACUUCUACCGCCUAGUUGGCGUGAAGAACUUAGGGAUGCCGCCUUUCCGGUCGUGGUCGAAGUCAAUGGGCGGCCAGGUUCAGAGUCUGUUUCUGAAAAAUUUCGAAUAGACUGGGGCACUUAUAUGUCAUCACGUAACGAUGUCAUUUAUAUACGCUUAGAUGUUCGUGGCGCGAAAGGCCAAAGUAAAAAGCAACUGUAUCGACAUUUGGGCGGCGUCGAAGUGCAGGAUCAGAUUUCUGUUUUAAGAUAUCUCUUGGAUACAAUUAGUUUUUUAGAUGAGACACGUGUCGGUAUCUGGGGUUGGGGCUAUGGGGGUUACGUGACAUCUAUGGUGCUUGGUACACAACAGGAUGUGUACAAAUGUGGCAUAGCCAUAUCGCCAAUAGCAGAUUGGCUUUACUACAAUUCUGCUUUCACAGAACGCAUAUUAGGCUUGCCGGCGGAAAAUUACAAAGGCUACGUCGAAGCCGAUGCAACGCAGCGAGCGCGACUCAUCAAAUCACAUUCAUUCUUCCUAAUACACGGCUUAGCCGACUCAACGGCACCCUAUAUACAUGGCAUACAGUUGGCCAAAUCGUUAACAGAUGCCAACAUAUUGUACAGAUAUCAAACGUACGCGGACGAGGGCCACGAUCUAAAUGGGGUGCUCGAACAUGUUUAUCUUUCGAUGGAACAUUACUUUGCUGACUGUCUAAGUCUCGAUCCGGAUGAUACGAAGCCCGAUCUGGAUCAGAAAAUAGUGCCAGCUGAGUAAAGAUAGGGAGAAGAGAGAAUAAAUAUAAAGAGAGCAAAGGAUUUAAAAUAAAACAAAACAAAAGUGACAUAGCAGUUAAGCGCGAUAUAGUGAUUAAAAAAAUAAUUAGUAUUAGAAUUAAAACAAAACAAAACAAAAACAAAAAUUAUUAUUACUAAGCACAAGUGCAUUAAGAAAGAGAUCAAAAUGAA